AUGCCCGAAGAAGGUCCCAUCGUCUCCCACGGCCGCGGUGGUAAGCUCCUCCCCUCCCCCGCCUCAUACAUUGACGGCGAAAUCGUCCGCGAAGGAGCCUACGGCGACCAGGGUGACGGCGCAUACUCUGCCGGCCGCGGUGGCGCUGGUAACAUCGGCUCUCCACAUGUGCGCGCCUCGACCAAUGUGCCGCAUGACACGGAGAUGAUCCCCGAGCUGGCGAUUCGCAACUCGACGGAUGAGACGUACCAUACCGGGCGCGGUGGCCAGGGUAAUGUCCACCUCGAUGACACGGCGCGCAAGGAGAAGGAGAAGAAGAACCCGCAUCAUGAUGGGCUGGCGGAUCGGUUGAAGAACAAGUUGCUUGGGCGCAAGUAG